UUCUGUUUACAUGCAGAGGCAGACGCGCGCUGCAGAAGCUUUUGAAUUCGACACUUAUCUCGAUAUAGAUUAUAAAAUGGUUAAAAGGUGUUCAUUUCCAGGAUGUACGAAUCGUGAGAAACCAAUCAAAAAACGUGCAAGUGCCUCCUCAAUGUUUGGAAAUGAACGGCUUACCUUUUUCACUUUCCCACUAAAUGAUGUUGAGCGAGUGAAGCUAUGGCUGCUGGCGAUUCAGCGGGAUGUUCAUUUACCACUGAAAGUCGUCAAACACUUGAGGUUGUGCAGUGAACAUUUUACACCUGACGACUUCAGGCCAGUUUUAGGAAACAGUCGACGAUUACUGAACUCAACAGCUGUGCCAGUAAUGUACGAGGAGACAAAGGAUCCAUCACUGCUCAGUCCGGACCCUGGUUUACCAGAUCCAGUCCCUACCAGUUUUCUCCCACAAGCAACUGAUCUAAGUGGAAACACUGUAAAAGAGGAAAUAUUGCCGGAUUCAUAUUUAAAUGCUGUUCCCGACUCAACCCCACUUAAACAACAAAGAAUCCGUAGAUUUAAGCAAGAACCUGUGAGCUCAUUUCCGUCACGUCUUAUUUUGGUUUUAUCAAGUCCAGCUAGAGCUGUAAAGUGUUCAAUGCCAUCGACAUCAGGGACGUACUACGCCUUCCCUGCAACAAAGUCCUGUCAAUGGAGUGUAAAAACAGCUGAAAUUGACAACCGAUCUGAAGGAAGUCUUGUUCCUCCAAGUUCCACCUCGACAUCUACUUCGACUGCAGAAGAUGAUGAAGAAAAUAAAUGCAAAGAUCAAAAUUGGAUUGUGAAUGAGUCCAGAUUGAUGGAGCUGUUUAAUAGAUGCCAUUAUUGUGGAUCAUUAGUAAUCGAGACCCAAAAAAUAACUUGUGGUCGCUUCAUACGUGUUAUAUGGGAAUGUUCUAAUGGUCAUCAAGGAAAAUGGGACUCAUGUGAUGAUAUUUGAGGAAUACCAGCUAAUAACCUUCUUGUGGCAGCGUCGACACAUGUGGACAUUGAUGACUGGGAUACAUUGCCUACAACCUACAAAUACCAAAGAAAACAAACGUGUACACCGACUAUCCAGUCCUCUUAUCUAAUCCCUGUUGUAGAUGUUGUGUACAAAGAACAACAGGAGAAUAUUUUGGAAGGCGGAUGCAGAACAUACUGACUUUGUCAUGGGAUGGGAGAAAUGACAGGUAUUCCUCGAUACAACACUGUUUUUCCCAAGCUAAAUAAAGAGUGGGUGGCCCGGAAAAUUUAUGAACUGACUUCACAAAAAUUCAGGGAUGAUCUUCUUCGAAAGGUACAGGGCCGGCGCAAUGACCCCACUGUACUUUUCAAGGACCCGACCUCUCAAAAGAAGCAGCUAUUGCAAAACAGGCGUCAAGGUUUAGCAAUUAAACGACAGUCGUACUGUGGCGUACUGUAAUAUAGUUCUCUUACCCUUGAUUGUGUUGCUUGAUUUUUCUUUGAGUAAAAUGCUACCUCAACAUG